AUGACUCCAUACACGUCUGGAGCUGCCGGAGCUGUGACGCGCGGUCGCCUGAAGGCGCUGUACAGCCCCCCCGGCUCAGCGGCGAAUCCGGACCUGGACCGCUGCGUCUGCCGUUCGGGCCUCUGCGACCCGCGUGCCGACGGCCCGGGGGACGCGCCCCUCCUGCCGGUGCUCCGCUGCGGUGACUCGAACCGAGGUCGUCUGAUGGCGUCGUAUACACCUUCGGGCCCGUACGAGAGGCUAGACCUCGAGCGCUGA